AUGGACUGUACUACCCGAUACAAUGGCUCUACACCUGUUUUUGGCUUUAAACCGAUACGAGAAUUUGAAUUGAAAAUGCAACACGAUACACAGUUGCGUUGCUUCAAAGUAGGCUUGAUCUACUUCGUUCAAACCGGAACCAUGUCGCACGGUGGCACCCGCCCCAAGCGCGCCAAGAUUCCCAAGGCUGACAACGAGGCCGAGGUGGAGGCCGACACAGAUCCAGGACCCGCGUCCCAGGUCGACUUCAGCUCUAUGGUUUACUCACAGCAUGUGCCCAUCGCCACAGUGGACACGGAUGCCUAUGGGGGCGGUCAAGGUGCUGGUGACAACUCCCCCGCCGUGGUGGAGCUGCGCGUCAACAGCGUGACGCCCCGCAAAUUUUUCAGCCACAUUACCCCAAAGUACGCGCAGGCGAGUCCAAACGGCGAACACCUGCCCGAUUCAGCCAAAACCUACGUCCGCGAACACUGGCCCAACUUUGACCCCGAGAACCGAUGGCAACACUUUAUCACCUCGGGUCGUUCCUGCACGGAAAAGCCCAAGGUCGAAAUGUUCUGCCAGUGCCUUCUCAGCCGCCCGUGCAACCGCGAGGAAUUGGCUCAGUGGGUCCGCGAAAAUGGCCCGUGCUUUGGUAUCCGCUGCGGCGCCAUCAUGCGUGACCUCGCCGCCACCGAACUUCCCUGCGGGGACAUUAACUGCUCUCUCUGCAUGCGCGCCUGCUUCAAGCGCGUCUGCCCUCAUUGCCACGAAAUGACCUCCAGCAAACAGACGGCCCAAACUUGUGCGCGCUGCCACCAACACAUUCAACCCAAGCGCCAGAUCAAGCGCCUCAACAGCAUCAAGGGUGACGACGCCAAAUCCAAGGCCAAGCGUGCUGCCCAGCUCCAGCGCAAAAUUAAAGACCUCAUUGCACUUGGCUCGGCCAUGAAUAUUCCCCUCCAGAUUACGUACCUUGGUGCUGACGAUAGCACCCCUCGCCAAGGCAAGCGCAGCUUUUGCUCCGACAAGAAGCAAAAUCAAGCCCUUCUUUACCGUGGCAUGGAACUGCCCCACCCCAUGUAUACCGGGUUUGAACCCCCGAGCAUGCUCAACGAGCAACUCCUCGCCCAUCACCUCAUGACCCGAGGUCAACACGACGGCCAAGGCCACCCCAUGCAGGCCAGUCAAGCGGGCCAGGGCCCUGAUCAGGGUGCACAGGGUCAGCAUGACCAAUCACAGCUCAUGCAGCCCAGCGUCUCUGCCGCCUCCCAACAGGGCGCCCAAUCAGUGGCCAUCGGCGAUCUGGCCUCGGUCGCCGCUCAGCAUGCCGCCAAUCAAGUCGUCGGUGAGGUACAGACCCCCCUCCCGUCUUUGCCUUCCAACAUGAUGGCUGGCAUCCCCGCCAGCAUGGCUCCAGCAAACAUGGGCAUGGCCGGCAUGGCCGUCAUGGGUGCCGACUCGCAAGCCGCCAUGGCCGCCCUCAACAUGCCCACCAAAAUGCCUGCCAUCCACGUCGAUGGCGAAGAACUUCCCAUUCUUCACGUUCUGGGCACAAACGCGAGCGUUGGCAUCUUCAACAUGGGCAUUUCCGCCUCCAACAAUGCCCUCAUCCCCGAAGAGCAGGUGGCUGUUCAAGCCUUUUCGGCUGGUCCAAACGAUCCCCUCCUGCGCGCUCGAUUCGACCUCUUGAUGGCUUUGCAGAAGAUCCACCUCCUCUGCGGCCCCCACGCCACCGUGCGUCGGCACCAGAGCGUGACACGAACUGGCCGUCAACAACCCGUCUUGGACCCCCUCUGGAAGACACAGUAG